AUGCGCCGGCGCCUGGAGAAAUGGUCGCAAGGCUGGGUCACACCUUCUGGGCGCAACCAGCCGCGACAGAGGCACACCGGAAGCCAUGUUGGCAGCAAAAGCAGCCUCUCCUCGACGUCCGAUGCAGGCACGGAGAGCGUGGAGCUGUCGGCCUCUUCCCCCACUGCACAGGAUGCCGACGGCUUCUUCGUGACGGCCCCGCCGAGGAUGGAGGCUCCACCUGAGCAUGUCGAAGAGAUGCCCGUGCUGGUGGAAGAGGUCCUGUGCUGCUGCCACCCCCGUCAUGGCAGCCUCACGCAGGACGCCGCCGACGCGGUGUUUGUUCCAUGCAAGCUGCGUCUGUCGGCGGAGGUCCUGCACUUCCAAGGUGCUGGUACGGAUGCUGUGCUUGCCAUCUUGCUGAGCAAGGUCACAGAUGUCUCGGUCCUCGGUACGGCCCAACUUGCCGAUAGAAAGAUGCAGGAUGGGGAUGCGAAUGUGCCUCGCACUCAGGCUGCUGCUCUGUCUGUCGUCCUCCCCCUCCUUCCCGGUUUCCCCGAGCUCGCGGGGCUCAGUUGUGACGUUCGAAGGCAGGGCCGUCACACGCGAGAGGUUGCUGCGAUGUUCAAUUCCAACCGGGUUUGUGGGCAUGAGGUUCAGUUGUGCUGGGUUGCAGUGAAGCUUCAUUUGCGCUCAGACGACAUGCCGUCCGCGUGGGAACUGCCGCCGGCCUAUACCUUUCGGCAGGCUUCCCUCCAGCCGGUGCGGACCACAGAGCAGGACAGAGCUGACGGAUAA